GUCCAUAACUCCCUACUUUUUCUGAAGCACAUCAUCAGGCUGAAGACUGAAAGUUGUUCUGAUAUCUUUAAAAAUGAAAUUUGAGAACCUGCUGGCUGAGGUGGGAGGAUUUGGAAAAUUUCAGAUCAUUAUGAUCGUUCUUUUGGUUAUUCCAAGAGUCACAUUACCGUUUCACUUCUUGUUAAACAAUUUUAUAGCUGCCGUCCCAUCUCACCACUGUGACAUAAGCUCUUUGGAUGCUGAAGGGAUCUUCGGGAAUCUGAGUCGAGAGGAGAGGCUGACUGUCAGUAUUCCAAGACAGGAAGAUGGGACUCCUGCUUCCUGUCACAUGUUCUCUCAUCCUCAAUUUUACCUGCUGUCAAACUCAUCUAGCAGCACAUAUCUUCCCCUGGUGGAGUGUCAGAAUGGAUGGGAGUAUGACAACAGCACAUUUAAGUCCACCCUGGCUACAGAGUUUGAUCUGGUGUGCGACAGGAGAGGUCUGAAUAAAGCCUCGGCCACCAUCUUCUUCAUUGGUGUGAUGGUUGGAGCAGCAUUUUCUGGCUGGCUGAGCGACAGAUAUGGUAGGAAACCCAUGCUGAUGGUGUCUUACCUUGUAACCGCUACCUUUGGUGUAGCCAGUGCAUUCUCUCAGUCCUUCAUCAUGUUUGCUAUUAUGAGGUUCUUCACUGGAAUGGGCCUUACUGGCAUCAGCAUCAUCAGCUAUGUUCUGUGUGUAGAAUGGGCUGAUAUUGAGCACAGGACAUUGGCUGGAGUUUUAAUCAGUCUUGACUGGUCUACCGGCACUAUGAUAUUGCCUGGCAUUGCGUAUUUUGCCAAUGACUGGAGAACUCUGGUUCUCGUGGUAACAGCUCCUCUUGGACUGGCUGUGAUCACAUGGAGGUGGAUCCCAAUGUCUGCGCGAUGGCUGGUUGUCAAUGGAAGGCUGGAUGAUGCUCAUCUUUAUCUAAGCAAAUGUGCCUCAUUUAACAAAAGAGAAAAUAGCCUCAAAGAUAUUCAACCACAGUCCCUUGCUGCUGUAACAGUCGCUGAGAACAAAGGAAACAGAACAUACUCGUUUUUGGACCUGAUGAGAUCUCCCAAGUUGAGAAAACUGGCUAUUCUCUCAGGAACCACCUGGUUUGGAGUUGCUUUUACGUACUACGGUAUCAGUUUGAACAUAUCUGGCUUUGGACUGAACCUGUACCUAACGCAGUUUAUUUAUGGGGCAAUAGAGAUGCCAUCAAAACUGUUAGCCUAUCUGUGCCUAGACAAACUUGGCCGAAGGUACAGCCAGGUGGGGACACUGGUUACAACAGGGGUCUGCAUUGGCAUCACUAUCCUCAUUCCUAAAGUUGCACUCAGAAGUGAGUCAGAUUCUCCAGGUAUGCCUGUGCUUGUCUUCAGAUUUGUGGCUGCCUCGUACCAUCGUUGCAGUACUUGGUAAAGGAUUUUCAGAGGCCGCCUUCACUUGUCUUUUUCUCUAUACUACUGAGAUAUACCCAACUGUGUUACGGUAAGUGGAUUUCUGUCUUUUGAAGCGUAUGUAACACACUCAAUUUUUGCCAAUCUCAUAUGAAUCUUGAGUACCUAUAGAGUAGUAUUGCAUACUUCGUAUCUUUGAAAUGUCUUUAGUUUGAUCACAUUUAUAAAAGACAGAUACAGCUAUGUGAUUAUUUCCGAAAACAGACGACCUCAUGAACACGGAACUAAAGCACCGGCACAUCAUCGCAUGAUCCCUGCUUAACUGUUGAUUUACUUUAAGUUCAUGUGGUGUACCUUAUGCACCUAUAUGCGCCGAUUGCCAACAGAAUACAGAAAUAUAUCUCCAGUUCACUUACCGCAUCUUUUGCGCUUGUAGCGCUCCAUCUAUUAGUUUCAAACGAUCUGUAAGUCCAGCAUUAUAUCCACCGUUUAUAUAACAUUCCUCAUCGAGAACACAUUCAUGGGCUUGUUCAUUCUCCCACUCUCCAUGGUUGACAUAUAGGCGUGUUCUUUCGUCUCCCUCUCGUGGGUUGACGCUUGGGCAUGCUUUUCAGGGAGAAUUGUCCAAUAAUGAAUUGAAAUGAAAUGAAUUUUGUUUCGAAACGGAAUAUCAUGUUCGAUAAAAACUUUCCUAAACCUAUACGAACUCUGGGGGGGUGUAUCAAGCACAGAAAUACCACAUCAUACGUCCAACUUGUUUUUUGACAAGUUGCCAUGUCAAGCAUGAGAAGCCAGCACAUUUAACAUCAAGAAGUAAGAAUGCAUGAAACACCAUUGCACAUCCUCUUUAAAUACAAAUUUGCCCAGAAAUUUGAAUCUUUUCUUUUUUUAAUGUAAUAAUUUACAUCAUAAUCGUUGACAUUCCUAAAUGGUAUGCUGUAUUUACAAUCCACUUUUCUGAUCAUAGGCAGAAUGGAUUAGGCUACAGCUCAUUUGUUGGUCGUGUUGGUGUCUCUUUAGCACCUCUUGUUGGCCUCCUGGAUGAGGUCUGGCUUCCUCUGCCACAACUCCUGUUCUGCACUGUAGCCAUCAUUGUAGGCCUCCUUGCGU